UGGCAACUGUUUUGUUAUUUUUAACCUCAUUUAAUUAAGAACUUGUGUUCAGAAAAGUAAACAUCAGAAAAAUAAUGAUGUUUUCCACAAAUUUGAGCCCAGUAAAAGUGGAAGUGGAGGAGGAAAGAUUUGACGAACUGAAACUGUAUUAUGGAUGCGAGAAAUGCUCGUUCAAGACAAAACUCUUAUCCAGGAUAAGAASCCACGCAAAAAUACACGAAAACAGCGAACAAAAAUUUAAUUGUUUCAGUGGUGGCCUUGAAAAUUACAAGUGUCACAAAUGCAUAACAUUUGAAACACAAUUCUUAUCACAACUGAGAUGUCACAUUUUUCAAGGUCACACAUCACAACAUGUCGAACCCAAAAGCUUCAAAUGUCACAAAUGUGAUUUCAAGGCGUUUUCACAAUUAUUGGUUURGAGACACUCCAUUUUUACUAAACAUCAAAGGAGGAGRGUUUUSAAAUGUACAGACUGUGAUUUUGAAACUAGGGUUGUAACCAAUUUGAGAAGACAUGUGAUGUGUAGACAUACAGAUGAUUCCAAAAUCAYUUGGUACAAAUGUAAGCAUUGUUCUUAUAAGUGUAAACUCAAGGAGAAUUUGAAACGUCACAUGAUUGUAAAACACGAGUCGCCUAACUUCCGUCCUGUCUUCAAAUGUACACAUUGUGAUUACAAAACRAUGUAUUUAGGAAUUUUGAAAAAACAUAUGAUCUUUAAACAUAUGGACGAUUCCGAAACCCAGUGGUUCAAAUGUGAAUAUUGUCCAUUUAAAUGUAAACUUAAAAAAGAGUUGAAAAAACAUAUGACCCAAAAACACGACCCUAYCUUCCGCUACUCGUGUGAACUUUGUGACUACAAYGCUAAAUUGAGUUUCUAUWUGAACCGACAUGUGAAUACACUGCACAAAGCCAAAAGUAGUGAAUUAUUGGCUAAGAGAUAUGGCAUUUUUACCAAAUACGUAAAAAAGAAUCUAGGAGAAAAGGGAGCUUACAAAUGUACAAAUUGUGAUUAUGAAAAUGAAAACUUUGAUAGUUUUAAAAGACACGUGAUUUCUAGACAUUUGGACGAUUCAGAAAURCAAUGGUUCAAAUGUGAACAUUGUGAAUUUAAGUCCAAACUUAAGAGUAAUUUGAAACAACACAUUAACACAAAACAUACUAACACUCUCGUUCGGUGUAAACUUUGUGAUUAUGAGGCGAAAACAAGAUGGGCUUUGAGACAACACACGAAGAAACAACAUAAAUAAGAAUUCUUAGCUAAACAUUUAAAAAUUACAACAUAAUGUGUUUUUUUAUCAGAGAAAUUCAAGUCUUUCCUUGAAAAACACUAAACACAUUUCAAAUUGAGUUUUUUGUUUUUAGUAGCAUUYGCUAUUUAAAAUAUUUGGCCAAUGUGGAAUAAUUGUAAUUCUCAUCUUUAAUUUUCAAGUAUUUAUCUGAAUUUAAAAAUAAACUUUAAGAAUGAUUGAUUCUCUUUUAUAAAAAUUUCUUGUCCAUUGUCCAAUAUGUUGGCAAUGCAAAAAUUCCUAAAUAAAUAGUUGGUCAAACUGCCUUUUGACAUUUGUUGGGACAAGAAAAAAAAUUAAAAUUUAUUAAUAUUUCGUCUUACAAAACCGUGCAAUGAGUGAAGACCUGCAAAGAAAAAUCCAGUCGGAACUGGACAGUUUUAAGAAUACCCAAAAAGGUACAAAAACCCACAUUUUUCCAACCUAACCCAA